CCUCCUCUUCCGCACCAUGCUGGCCCGCCAGGCUGCAGCAGGUGCUGCGGCUCAAGGCCCUUGCUGGGCACCAUCUGCAGGCGUUGAUUCCUCUGUGUCUCCUUGGUUCACGCAUGAAAAUAUGGAUGACUCCGAUCUGGAAGUAUGGUAUGAUUUCUUUAUUCCUUAUGCAUCUACGAUUACCUUGAUAGUUUCUAGCUGAUGAUUCCGAUCUGGACAUUUGUAUGAUAUACAAUAGCAGCUAUUGGCAUACUGCAUUUCGUGAGCAUGGUCAGAGGUGGGCAAAAGUCCACUUUUCAUGUAUCUAAAUGCAGCAAUAUCUUCUUCUCAUGUAUCUAAGUGUUGUUUUUAGCAAGAUUAGAACUGCAUUAUUAAGCUCCAAAAUGCAAUCACAACCAUUAUAGUGUUCAAAACUGCUGUAGGUAGGAUUCUUCCGUACAUGAGUUUUUUCCACACUAUCACUGCUACUUUCUUUUUGUGCUGAAAUACAAGAAUGUUUUCUACUGAUUUUAUUUAAAAUGUAUUUAAAUUGUAGUCAACAUUCCACACUUUAAGUUCAGUGCAGUCCAGAUAACCAUGUACUCCAGUCAAAAGUCCAACUACACUUAACUACAAUGCAGUUCAGAUAACCAUGUACUCAAGUCAAAAGUCCAACUACACUUAACUACAAUGUAGUUCAGAUAACCAUGUAACAAUAAUUACGUGCUGUUGAUUCUAUAUAAUGCUCUAUCUCCUCUUCAGACUCAUCCACCCAAACCCAUCUUCCUCCUCUACCUCUUAUCUUCCUACUCAGCCUACCAACCUCUAUCCCUUAGCCACCAUGUCCGAUUCAUACACAGAUGAUUCUGGUGAGCUAGCCCCAUCCAGAAUCAUGGAAGUUUAUGUUGCUGAGCAGAACCUACUAGACUCCUUUGCUAAGAGGCUUGUGAUGAAAAUCAAGGCAAGGCUUGGAGAUGGAUUAUCUCGGCGACGAUACGGUAAAAGGAAGAGAAUUCGAAGGGAUCAUAGAGGUGCUCAUGAACGUCUGGUGGAGGACUACUUUGCUGAACAACCACUCUACCCCGAGAGUAUGUUUCGUACUAGAUUUCGUAUGAAUAGAGACCUCUUCCUACGCAUUGUGAAUGCCCUUGGUCAAUGGUCUCCCUAUUUCACUUAUAGGGCAGAUUGUUCUGGUCGAAUAGGACUCUCACCAUUGCAAAAGUGUACGGCAGCCAUGCGCAUGUUAGCAUACGGCACCCCUGCAGAUGCCCUUGAUGAGUACUUGAAGAUUGGCAAAUGCACUGCAUUAGAGUGUUUGGACAAGUUUGCACGGGGGGUGAUUCAUGUGUUCGGUGGGAAGUACUUGCGACGCCCGACACAGGAGGAUGUCGAGCGUCUACUUCAGGUUAACGAAUCUCGUGGUUUCCCUGGAAUGCUAGGAAGUAUCGACUGCAUGCACUGGCGGUGGGAGAAUUGUCCUUUAGCAUGGAGGGGGCAAUUCACGCGUGGUGAUUAUGGAGUACCAACGAUGAUCCUAGAAGCCGUUGCUUCUCAGGACCUUCAUAUUUGGCAUGCUUUCUUUGGAGUUGCUGGGUCAAACAAUGACCUUAAUGUGCUCAACCAGUCCCCACUGUUUUUUGAUGCAUUAAAAGGAGAGGCCCCUCAAGUUCAGUUUUCUGUCAAUGGGAAUGAGUAUACCACAGGUUACUACCUUGCCGAUGGUAUAUACCCAGAAUGGGCUGCGUUCAUGAAGACUAUACCACUUCCCCAAACAGAGAAGGACAAGUUGUUUGCGAAGUACCAAGAAGGGGCAAGGAAAGAUGUUGAGCGUGCUUUCGGGGUGUUGCAGUCCCGUUUUAGCAUUGUACGCCGGCCUGCACGUUUAUGGAAGAGAAAGAGUAUUGGAAGGAUAAUGCUAGCUUGUGUGAUUCUUCACAAUAUGAUAGUCGAAGAUGAAAAAGAGCAGGCUGCCAUUCAUAUUGACUUGAAUGAGAAUCCAGGGGCUUCAUUUGCUCUGCCUCCUGAAGUGAAUGUUGGCGGAAAUCUUUGUUUCGCUGAUGUGAUGCGUAGAAAAGCUACUAUCCGUGCUCGUCCACAACAUACCCAGCUUAAAAAUGAUUUGAUCGAGCAUAUUUGGCAUAGGUUUCGAAAUAGCCGUCAUAAUUAAUCAUGGAUUGAGCAAUGAUGUGGUGAUUGCAGCAGGUGGUAUUUGCGGUCUUGAAGUAUAUCGAUGAAAAUGGAUGGUCGCUCCUUUCUACAAAGUUUCAACUAUGCUUUGUGACUUUCGUGGAUGGUGUAGAUCAAAACUAAUGGCUUGUUUGCCUAAGAUCUUAUUUAGCAUUAAGUUUAGUUAAUGAUUUCUUAUAGACUUAUGUAAUGUUUAAGUGUCGAUGUGAUGGUGCUAUUCUCCACCAUUUGUUGCUUAUCGUUUGUCUAGAUCAAAAUUAACGGCUUGUUUGCCAGAGAUCUUAUUUGUUAUGUAAUGUUUAAGUGUGGUCUGAAUAUUAAUCAGUUUAUCUCAUCACAUCCUGUUGGCAUGAAUGGCAUAUAUAUCUAUGGUGUUUGAAAUGGCCACAAAGUUGCAGUUUACAGUGGAUCCUAAUAAAUUGUAUACACAUGCUAGACUAUAGCCAAUAUAAUAGCCAACUUGUUAUACAAGUGGGCUUUUAUAAAGGCUUUAGGUGACAUGGCACUAGUGUAGAGCCAGCAGCCGGCUCUUC